UGACGUUUCUUUCGAAUCUUACAAAUUCUACAAACCCACGGCUCCGCUCCAAAUCACCGACUGCUUUUUUCUCUCCUCUUUUGGGGUACUUUCCCUUUUGCAAGACCAUUUUCUCGAGGACCCAUUUGGUUGAUUUGCUCCAAACAACUCACUGUUCAUCAAUUUACUCUGUUUCUCUUCAACCCCACCUCGAAUAUGGCCACUCUGAUGAACUUUCACCACUUCUUGCCAUGAGGGUCGAGCUAACUUACCGUAUUCAAUGUUUCAAACUACCCCUUCUUCGCUUUUUCUCUGUAUUUGUACCAUUUCUUUGCUGGAUUUGAUUACUUCUUGAUACCUGUGAUUUCGCUUUGGAGUUGGGAAAAAGUAACGCCGGCCCUUGUGUCUGGAUUUGCUCGUAUCAGCUGGCUUUGUCUCCUUAACGAUGAUCGAUGUGAUUUGUAUGAAACUCCAUUGAGAUUUGCAUUACUGUCGGGGAAUUUUAUCUGGUCUCUUUCUGGAGGGGUCAGAUUCUUUAUAUGUCGACUGGUUAAUCUUCAAAUAGCUUCAAUAGUGCAGUAUUUUGGGAGGUGAUUCAGAAGACAAGGAUAAUCUAAGACGAGUCAUUGUGGUGCUUUCUGAUCGAAGACGAGUCGUUUUUUUGAUUCAAAUGCAAGAUGGAGAAAAGGAAACGAAUCACACAGUACAGGGAGAGGCUAGAUAAAACACUCAGAUCUCCUGAUCUGACAACCAAGGAGUCUGUUGAGGCCCUUGUGUUGAAUCAACUUCGUCGUUUGAAUUUGAAACACGAAACUGAAGGAUGUAACGAAAACGUGAUACGUAAAAGAACUGCGGAGGUAUCGAAUUUUCUUGACAUGUUGAGGAGUACUUCCGGUAAUGGUAAUGAUAGUAGCAGAGCUUCUGAGAUGGAACAUCAUGAGUGGAAAAUGAAGCACGAUGAUGAAGAAUUUCGGGUUAUGUAUCGUGAAGGACCGAAGGGCACUCCAUUUCAUACAUUACUUGUUGAAGGCUUUGUAGAUGGCCCGGUUGAUAUUUGCCUGUGCACUUCGUGGGAAUCUGAACUUUACAAAAGAUGGUGGCCUCAAUUUACUGUGCCGUCUUUCAAAAUUCUCACCAGCAAAUGUCUUCAAAAAGUCCAGAUCGGUGAACAGAUCGCGUUAGUAAGGGUUAAGGUUUCAUGGCCGCUGUCAACCAGGGAGAUCAUCGUGCACUACUUUCUUUUCGAGUACUUUCAGGAUGACCUUAUCAUCGUACUUCUAAACUCGAUAUCUGAUUUGGACAGCAUUGAUAUAACUACUCAUGGAUUCACGAGGCACGCUAUCCCGGAUGCAGAAGAUGUAGUUAGGAUCGAUGUCGUGGGAGGCUUUGCUAUACAGAAGGUGACAGAUAACAGGAGCUACUUCCGGACAAUAGCAAACAUGGAUAUGAAGCUGGAUUUCAUCCCUCCGUCACUUAUAAACUUCAUCUCGAGACAACUCAUCGGCAGUGGUUUCCGACUCUAUCAAAAGGUAGUGGCUUCAAUGUUCAAAUCUGAUGAAGAUUUUAUGAAGGCCUUGAAAGACCCACUGUACAUACAUAUAAAGGAAGCUCUCUACCGGAAGAAUCAACAAGAUAAGGCGUUCGAAGAAAAACAGCUCGGUUCUCCAACUGAUAAAACUGGACUCCAUCCUUUUCCAGAAGAGCAGCUGGAGAACUCAAUGGAAGAGCUGCUGGAGAACUCGACGGAAGAGCUGCAGGAGAACUCGACGGAAGAGCUGCAGGAGAGCUCAACGGAAGAGCUGCAGGAGAACUCGAGGGAAGAGCUGCAGGAGAGCUCAACGGAAGAGCUGCAGGAAAACUCGACGGAAGAGCAACCGGAGAACUUGAUGGAAUAUCAGAAGGUUAACGUCGAGCUCGCCAAAACUGUCAUGGAAGCUAAUGAGAAAGAAACGUUUGGGGAGAUUGAAGAGGAAGAGAGCAAUAAAACUGACAUUUUAGGAAGAACUGUUGCAGAAAACUGUAAUUUUAAGGAUCAAAGAAUCUCUAUAAUCAGUCCAGAGGUGGAAAAGGCUCUGCAAACUUUAGAUGAGGUUAUUAAUAUGAUGAGGAAAGGUAGAUUCAGUGGUGAAGCAAAGGCUGGUUCUUGCUUGAGUGAUGAAAAGCCUCCAGAUAUAGAGAAGGAUACCGAAAAGAACUCGAGUACUUCUGAAGAUCAAAAUGUUCAUCCGAAAGUUGAGCUUUUCGCUAGCUUGUCAAGGAAACAAACGGCCGAGAGAGCUUCCGAUGAACCACCUCGAACGAGCUCUAACCAUAGUUCAAGGCGCUUAGGAUCAUCAAAUUCUUUAUCCAAGGACGUCAACCACAACAAAAUAGUUCCAGCAUCUCCAGAACAUAAAUGUUUACCUCUUGAACCUGCUGAAGUUAACCACACGACAUCGAGUUUCAUAGAACAUGGAACGAUAGAAAACGCACAUUCAGAUCAAAAUUCACAUAAUCCUGAUAAACAACCAACCAGUGAGCAUCGUGGCAUCGACGAAAUCAACGGAGAUUCAGAGGAGAUGUACGUAAGGAAUAGAAAGAACCGUUUCUGGUGUUUUCCGGGCAGUCCGAUACGGCUGAAGAAGGGAAGAAGUUGAAAUUCAGAUGAAGGUGAAGCAGAAACUUUACCUUGUUACUAUACCUGUAAAAAUAGUAAUAAAUCUCAAUUUGGCUGAAUUUUUUUGGUUUCUUUUUGUUAAUUCUAUAGUUAUUUGCUUUA